AUGUUCUCCAGGGCAGCAUUCAGAGCGGUUCAGCCGCUAAAGCGCAACGUGAUCUCGCGAUCAUAUGCGACCGAGCCUCCCAAGAGCGGCACGAGCCCCGUCGUCUACGCCGCUGCCGCUGCCGCCGUCGGCGGUGCCGGCUACUACUUUUUCGCUACCCCUCAAGGCAAGAGCGCCGCACAGAAGGCCGAGAGCAAGAUCUCGAGCGGCCCGGCCAAUAAGGCGUUCACUGGCGGUGACCAGGGCUUCGUUUCCUUGCUCCUCGAGGAUGUCGAGAUCGUGAACCACAACACCAAGAAGCUCCGCUUCAAGCUGCCCGAAGAUGAUAUGGUCUCGGGCCUGACCAUUGCAAGCGCCAUCUUGACCAAGUACAAGGAUGCAGGUGCUGAGAAGCCUGUCCUCCGGCCGUACACCCCUACCAGCGACGAGGACGACAAGGGCUACCUCGAGCUCAUCGUCAAGAAGUACCCGAACGGCCCCAUGUCGACACACCUUCACGACAUGGUAGCGGGACAGCGACUCGAGUUCAAGGGUCCUCUGCCCAAGUACGCCUGGGAAGCCAACAAGCACGAGCACAUCGCCCUGAUCGCCGGCGGCACCGGCAUCACACCCAUGUACCAGCUUGCCCGCGCCAUCUUCAAGAACCCCGAGGACAAGACCAAGGUCACCCUCGUCUUCGGCAACAUUUCCGAGGAGGACAUCCUGCUGAAGCGCGAGUUUGAGGACCUCGAGAACACCUACCCUCAGCGCUUCCGUGCCUUCUACGUCCUGGACAACCCGCCCAAGGAGUGGACCGGAGGAAAGGGAUUCAUCACCAAGGAUCUGUUGAAGACCGUGCUUCCCGAGCCCAAGAGCGAGAACAUCAAGGUCUUCGUGUGCGGCCCUCCCGGCCUCUACAAGGCCGUCUCCGGCGCCAAGGUCAGCCCCAAGGACCAAGGAGAGCUUACUGGUAUCCUGAGCGAGCUUGGCUACUCCAAGGACCAAGUUUACAAGUUUUAA